UCCAAAGCUGCCACAAAACAAGCCAAGCCAGCAACUGGCAAGGGUGGAAAGGUCGCCCCCAAACACAAAUUCAUCAUUGACUACUCGAGGCCAGCAGCCGACCAAAUUUUCGACACUGCUGGGUUUGAGAAGUUCUUGCACGAUCAUAUCAAGGUGGAUGGAAAAGCGGGUAACCUAGGAGACAAAGUCAAGAUCACCAAAA